CCUCGGUAACGGCGUCGCGCUCGGGAAAGAUGGCUGGGCGAAACCGUGGUCUCAGGAGACGCAGCGUUCCAGGGACUCCGGUCCCGCCGCGCGUUCAGAAGUCUGUUACGCCUGGACCGGACCUCCUCGCCAAGGAGGAAGAAUAUAAGCGUUUAAAUGCAGAAUUGGAAGCAAAAACAGCUGACCUGGUUCGACAAGCUGAUGAAGUAAUAAGAGAUCAGCAAGAAGUACGAUCUAGGUCUAUUUCCACACAAAUUAAAUCAUACGAAGAGGAAGAUGAUUACAACUUAAGAGGUCUAUUAUCAUCUGAAGGCACAGUUGAUCUUCAUUCAGAAACUAAGCCAAAGACCAAAAACAUUGGUCCAAUAAACAAGGUUCAAAACAAACUACACUCCGCAAAUAAAGGAAUGAAACCAAAUUCAAGUGUUAAAUCAAAAUACUCUGAUGUAGAAACUGCUAAUGAUGUUGCCAUUCCAGAGGAGUUCUCAGACUUUUCUCUUGCAAAAACAAUAAGCAAAAUUGAAGGACAACUGGAGGAAGAAGGCUUACCUGAAUAUAUAGAUGAUGAUAUUUUCUCUGGAGUUAGUAACGACAUUGGAACAGAAGCACAGAUCAGAUUUCUGAAAGCCAAACUCCGUGUUAUGCAGGAGGAGUUGGAUAAUGUUGUUUGUGAAUGCAAUAAAAAGGAAGAUGAGAUUCAGGAUUUAAAGUCUCAAAUAAAAAAUUUUGAAGAAGAUUGUUUGAGACAGCAACGAACAAUUAAUAUGCAACAGUCUCAAAUAGAAAAGUAUAAAACUCUUUUUGAAGAAGCAAACAAAAAAUGUGACGGAUUACAGCAACAGUUAUCUUCAGUAGAAAGGGAAUUGGAAAAUAAAAGAAGACUACAAAAACAGGCUGCAAGCAGUCAAAGCGCCACAGAGGUUCGGUUGAAUAGAGCUCUAGAAGAAGCAGACAAGUAUAAAUUGGAGUUAAGUAAAUUAAGGCAAGAUAACAAGGAUAUAGCAAAUGAAGAACAAAAAAAAAUUGAAGUGUUAAAAUCAGAAAACAAGAAGCUAGAAAAACAAAAAGGAGAAUUAAUGAUAGGAUUCAAGAAACAAUUAAAAUUAAUUGAUGUUUUAAAAAAGCAGAAGAUGCAUAUUGAAGCUGCCAAGAUGCUAUCUUUCACUGAAGAGGAAUUUAUGAAGGCACUUGAAUGGGAAAAUUCGUAAAUGAUCUACUUCAGUUAGUCUCUAUGACUGUGUGAUGGAUAUGCAUUUUAUUUGACUUAAGUUGUAAUGUUUGAAUUAUUUUUACUUGUCAUCAGUAAUGAAGAUAUUUGAUAUGUAAUUAUUAGAAAAAGGAGACAUUUUGUAAAAGCAACAAGAAUUUAACGUUUGAUUUAUGACAUACUAGCCCUUUCUUUUGAGUUUUUACAACUAAAAUAUUUUAUGUUCUGGAGAAAUUCUAAGUUCUUAAUGUGACAAUUUAGAUAAUAAAGCACUUUGAAAUUCUUCACAUUACAAUAAACAGAAACUUUACAACUGAAUUCUAAAUAUUUAUUUCCUUGGCCAAUCAAGGAAGUAAAGUUCCUAAACAUAGAGGGCAGUUCACUUUGGGCUAGAAGUCUGUAUUCGUCAAGAUGAAUAUAUUGUCUUGAGGAUGAACAGCAGGAGUGGUAUGGAGAAGUUAGCCUCCUGGGUUUGCCCUAUAACAUAUUUCUGUAUAUGGAGUAUUGUAAUAAGGUGGUGUUACAGAAUUCAGAUUUUCAAAUUAUCAGUACAAAAAUAAGUUUGACUAAAAUGAAAUUCAGUAAUGUUUUAGAGAUUGUUAAACAAAAGUUAUGCUGACAUCUAGUGGUAACAUACAAAAGAUCCAGAUUUUACCCAAUCUUGCUUGGUAUCACUUCUCU